AUGCAUAAAGAUGAGAAGGUUAAAGAGAAUCCUAACAUUUCCUAUCAAUCCCUUAAAGCUAACUUUCCGUCUUGGUUGAAGCAACACGUUACUCCCCGACACGUGUAUGAUGUUCCUGAGAAGGAGGAAGGGGAAAUAAAUGAUCCUGUGUAUGCAAGUGAGGCAUUUCAGCAAGAAGAGAGUGGUGUUGGCAAUGUGAUUCAAGUGCAGGACACGGAGUUGGAAGACCUGAAUCGUGCAAACGAGGCUCCCACAAUGGUCAGUGAGAGCGUUAUUAAAAAAAGGGCUAUUUUACUCGACACAGAGGAUACAAUGGAGGUCGAAGAGGACGACACAUUAGCUGAUUUCGAUGAUGUUUUGGAGGGAGCAGCAGCUGCUAACCCUUUGGAGGAAAUCGACAAAAUGCCACCGAGGCCUGAAAAGAAAGCAAGGACUGGGAAGCAGCCGAUGAUGGUCUGUGAACGAGUGACCAGAUCCCAUCCAGCGAGGAGUGUAGAGAAUGCAGGGAGCUCGUGCAUGGGUCCACUGAGGUCUCCGAUAAAAAAAUGCAGGUCUCCGAGGGGUAAAGGGAGGUCUAAGAGGGGUGAAAGGGUGUCUCUGAGGGAUGGAGGGAGGUCUCCGAGGGCUGAAGGGAGGUCUCCGAGGGCUGAAGGGGGGUCUCCGAGAGCUGAAACGGUCUCUCCGAGGGGUGAAGAGCGGGUGUCUCCGAGGGUUCCAAGGAGGACUACUGAACCUAUUGAGGAGAUUGACGAGAAUGCAGAUAAUACUGCCACAUCCAUGCCUGAACAACCGGAGAAGACAGGUGGCCGAAAGAGGGGGCUGACCAAAGGUGUUCAAGUGAUGGCACGAACCACCGGGGGGAGUAGGAUCGAUGGAGUAUUCCUGCAGGAGAACAGCCACGCAAUUGUGGGCCCUAACCAGAAGUUGCUGAACACAGAAGUUGGUGUCGUUGCUCGUAUGAUGGCUCCCAUAAGGAAGUACUAUUGGACUGAGUUGACUGAUGAAGACAAACACCCUAUGUUUGUGAAACUAGAGAGCGAGUUUGCAUUUGCCUUAGCUACUGAAGAGGUGAGGAAGGCUUUAGAUAAGAAACUACACAAACGCUUCUUGAACUACAAGUACACCUGUCAUAAACACUACAAGGAACAGGAAGACCCCACCAAAGCUCGUCUGAACCCUCCAGAAGGAGUGAAACAGGAAGACUGGGAGGCCCUCUGUGAGCACUUUGAGAGUGAUCGAUUCAAGGGGCGGAGCACAAAUAACAUACAAAACAAGGCUAAGCAGCAGUAUGCUCACACUACUGGGGCAAAAUCCCACGACCAGAGAGUGUAUGAAAUGGAGCAAAAGAAGCUGGCUGCACAAGCAGCUCAAACGGAGCAGGUAGAUGACCAGGAUGCUGAGCGAGGAACCGAAAUUGAGCUGUAUGCCAACACGCACAAGAAGGCAAGUGAUGGUACUUGGGUGAGCGAGGAACCGAAAGCGAAUUAU